UCGUAACAACAAUAACAAUAAUGCAGCUGCCGCUGGUGGAGCUGCUGCUGGAGGCGCUGGCGCCGAUGCAAAUGCUGCCAGUGGCGGUGGCGGCAACGAGUGGAAUCCUGAGGAAAUGGAUCGAUUCAGCUUCGACGAUUCCAUACGCUUCGAAGAGGAUUCACUCUGCAGCUGGAGCUCCGAGGCGGAAUCGUUGUGCAACAAUUGGCGUGGCUGGAAGAAGCCAACGACCAAUGGCACCACCGGUCCGGGCCUGGGCAAUGGAAAUGGCAUUGGUCCUGUUGCCAGCGCGGCCAACAGCAAUAGCAAUGCCAAUGGCACAUUCGGUGCAGCGGGAUGCAGUGCACCCGGCACGGGCAGCAAUGGCGGCAUCUCCAACUCUGCCUCAAUGGCAGCCGGUGUCCAUUGUGGACGCCAUUUUGAAGUCUCGUCGCUGGCCGAGCUUUCAGCUCGCUGUGUCGCCUCGUAUAUACCAUUCGAGCUGGUCGAGCAUGUUUAUCCGCCCGUGCCGGAGCAGCUGCAGCUGCGCAUCGCAUUCUGGAGCUUUCCGGACAACGAAGAGGACAUACGACUCUACUCAUGCCUCGCCAACAGUUCGGCGGAUGAGUUUCAUCGCGGCGAUCAAUUGUUUCGUUUGCGCGCUGUUAAGGAUCCGCUGCAGAUAGGUUUUCAUCUCUCUGCCAGCGUUGUUAGCCAAACGCCGCGCACCUUCUUCAAUGUGGCUGUCACAUUUGAUCGUCGCCGGAUCUCCUCUUGCAACUGCACCUGCACCUCCUCGGCGUACUGGUGCUCGCAUGUGGUUGCCGUUUGCCUGCAUCGCAUUCAUUGUCCUCUGGAGGUUUGCCUGCGCGCACCUGUCUCCGAGUCGCUAACUCGUCUUCAGCGUGAUCAGUUGCAAAAGUUCGCCCAGUAUCUGAUCAGUGAGCUGCCGCAGCAGAUACUGCCCACAGCCCAGCGUCUGCUAGACGAGCUGCUGAGCGCCCAGCCAACAGCGAUCAAUACAGUUUGCGGUGCACCAGAUCCCACGGCAGGCGCUUCAAUAAAUGACCAGACCAGCUGGUAUCUGGACGAGAAGACGCUGCACAACAACAUCAAGCGGAUACUCAUCAAAUUCAUAUUGCCGGCGCCAAUUGUUUUCAGCGAUGUCAACUAUUUGACCAAUUCGGCUCCACCAGCGGCAGCCGAAUGGAGUUCGCUGCUGCGUCCGUUGCGUGGACGCGAGCCGGAGGGCAUGUGGAAUCUGUUGUCGAUAGUGCGCGAGAUGUAUAGACGCUGCGAUCGGAAUGCGGUGCGCCUGCUGGAGAUCAUAACGGAGGAGUGCAUGGCCUGCGAUCAGAUGUUGAUAUGGUGGUUCCAAACGAAGCUGGCGCUCAUGAUGGGCUCCCAUGGACACAGCGGUGGCAAGCACUCGAAUACGCACUCGAACUCCACAGCAUUGCAGCAUGCGUGCAGUUCGCUCUGCGAUGAGAUAGUCGCGUUAUGGCGCCUGGCUGCACUGAAUCCUGGGCUGGCGCCCGACGAGCGCGACAUGCUGCACGCUCAGUUUACGGCCUGGCAUCUGAAGAUACUCGAUCGUGUGGUCAAGAGUCGCAUGAUGCCGCCGUCGUACACGAACAAGCAUCAACAGAAUUCUAGAUCCGAGACGGAGCUGUUCAUUGGCUUCAAGCCAGCCAUUGAGGCAUGCUAUUUGGAUUGGGAGGACUAUCCGAUAGCGGGCGUAACGCACACCCACGACACAAAUCCCAUUUAUUAUUCACCGUUCACAUGUUUCAAGCAUACGGAUGCCAAGGGCGAAACCUGCGGCACCAACACCACCAGCCAGCUAAAUGCCACCCAGGCGCUGAUGAGCAACAACAAACAUUAUAAUUACUUUAGCACCUCCAACGAUCAUGGAAUGCAUGCGAGCGCCUUCAAGCAGCGCGCCGAGCGAAGUGGAUAUCGCGAACGUUUCGAUGCCAGCGGCGCUGAGCUGUUUGGCUCGCCCAAUGAGCCGCCCUCCAUAAACGCUGUCCUGCUGCUAGCCCAAGUGAAUGCCACCUGCGGCAUGGGCGUUGAUCGUGAUGCUAUGGCAUUAGGCGCCAGUCCACCGCAGCAGCAGCAGCAGCAGCAGCAACAACAGCAACAUCAGAUGGCGGGCGCAGCUGCGGCAAGCAAAUCGAAUGUGGCCGCCUCUGUGGCUGGCUCGGGUACAGCCGGCGCUGGUGGCGAUGGCAAUCGAUCGAGUGCGAGCAGCGAGGGCUUCUGUGAGAACGAAGAUUUUGGCGGCGACAACAGCAGCAGUCUCAACUAUUGCACGGAGCGUGCGGCGACUGUCUCUGGACAGAAGUCGCUGACCGAGUCCGAUUCGCAAAGCAGCUUCGAUGCCGUCUCGGCUAUGUCGCAGCAGAGCAAGGAUUUGCCCAUGUCUGUAACUGCAGGCGUAGCAACAGCCGCCAAUGUUGUUGUUGGCCCUGGCACACCGGACUACAGGCAACAGGCAGGCUCCACAUCGGACACCUCGUCGGCAUCAUCGGCUUCGUCAUCCGCGUCAACGGCAUCGGGCAGCAGCAACAGCUCCAGCUCAUCCAUGCUCAAAACAGCUGCAACGGCACAGCAGCAGCAGCAGCAGCAGCAACAACAGCAGCAGCAGCAGCAGCAGGUGUCACGUCGCCUGUCCAAGGAUGAAUCGUUCAGCAGCAGCAGCGAUGAGUUUGUUCAAGUUGUUGUCGGCGGGUCAGUUGCAGCAGCGGCAGCAACAGCAACUGUAACUGGCGGCGACUUAACACCUGUGCCAAGCACCUCAGCAGCAGCACGUGCUGCACUGGCAGCAGCAACAGUUGCUGUCCACAGCACGCAGCCAAUAGACCAAACAUCAUCAGCAGCAGCAGCGGCAGCUGGAGGAGGAGUAGCCAUAUUAGCGACACCUGUGCAUGUUGCAGCAACGGCUUCGACGGCAACAGCAACAGCACCAACAGUUCCGGUUGUUGCCUCCGUUGUGGGCACCGCAGCAAUGGAACAACCCUGCAGCAGCAGCAGUGGUGGAGUCGGCGCCAGCGCCAGCGGGGCACGCGCAGCCCUGGCUGGCGACAAGCCGCACAUUUUCUCCAAUGUGCGGCCCUCGGAAGAUGCGUGGGACAUACUGUUGGCGCGGGCGGAGGGCUUGCACGCCCAUGGGCAUGGCCGCGAGGCGUGCAUCUUGGCUGUGCGCCUGGCCGAACAGAUGCUGGCCAAUCCGCCCAAUCUGCUAAUGGAACUGCCGCCGGCGCCCAAGCGCAAAGGUAAAAAGCAGAACGUGAAUCCCAUAUCGCAUCAGCUGACUGUGGUGGCCUCAUCGACGCUCUCCAAGUGCGCGUUUCUGUGCACAGUGCUCUCCGAGAACUCGGAGCACUAUCACAUCGGCUUUCGCAUCUGUUUGUUUGCGCUGGAAAUGCCGCGUCCGCCGGCCAGCACCAAGCCGCUCGAGGUGAAGCUGGCCAAUCAGGAGGCGGAUAUAUUGGCGCUGCUGAAGCGUCUGCCACUGGGCGCUGCCGAGCUGCAGGUGAUACGCGAACGGGCCGAACAGCUGCGCAAUGGCACCUUCAAGACACGCGGCGAGGCGUUGCUGCCCAUCAACUUGGCCACGUUCAUCUUCGAUGCGCUCGUGACGCCCGGCGCCGCCAAAUUGGCCUCGGGCAGCAGUUCAUCGGGCGAAUCGACGCGGCGUCCGAAUACAGCGCUCUACAAACAGUUCAGCGAGGAGAACAUGGGCUUCGAUGCCGCUGUGGCCGCAUUGGGUCUGAAGGCUAACGUAUCGGAGGCGGAGCAUCCGCUGUUGUGCGAGGGCACGCGACGGCAGCGCGGCGACUUGGCCCUGACGCUGCUCUAUCACUACAAGGACGAGCCGCGCAAGAUAGCCAAGAUCAUGGAGAAGCUGCUGGAUCGGGAUAUACAUACGCUGCUAAAGGCUCCACUGCUGCCCGCCUACUACUCCAGCCAUCCGCCAGUGCGCACGCCCAGCCAGCAGCCCAUGCGGCGUGAUGAGCACGAAUAUGGUGCCGGUGCGGCAGUGGGUGCUGGUGGUAAUGGUGGCGGUGGCGGCGGCGGCGGUGGCGGUGGUGGUGGUGCAGCUGCCUUCAACCUGUGCGAGCUGCUGCCCAACGACUAUGGCAGUGUGGGCGGCAACAGUCGACCGCACAGCUCGACCAGCGCUGAGCUCGAGCUGAGCAUGUGUGCGCUGAGCAUGGCCAGCAGCAGUAAUCAGUCGUGCAGCAGCAACAACAAUGGCCAGGGGCAGAGCCAGUCGCAUGGCCAGGGUCAGGGUCAGGGUCUGGUGGCGUGCCAGAGCGGCGGACAGCCGAAUGGAGGCAACGGCGGCAAUGCCAAUAAUCCAGCUGGAGCUGGUGCAGCUGGUGGAAGUGCUGCUGGUACCGUUGGCCAGAACAACGGCAACAACAAUUCGGCUAACGGCAACAACGGCAACACGAACAACGCGAGCAACAGCAGCAGCCGCAGCAAGGAGAGCCGCUACAAGGGCAAACGCGCCUAUCCCUCCAUACCCAAUCAGCCGUCGGAGGCCAGCGCCCAUUUCAUGUUCGAGCUGGCCAAGAACGUGCUGACGAAGGCCGGCGGCAACAGCUCGACGUCGCUGUUCACACAGGCCAGCACCAGCCAGAAUCACCAUGGACCGCACCGGGCGCUGCACAUGUGCGCCUUCCAGCUGGGCCUCUAUGCGCUCGGCCUGCACAAUUGCGUCAGUCCGAAUUGGCUGUCGCGCACGUACUCGUCGCACGUGUCCUGGAUACUAGGCCAGGCCAUGGAGAUUGGUGCGCCGGCGAUUAGUUUUCUGAUUGACACAUGGGAGGCGCAUCUGACGCCGCCGGAGGCCGCCGGAAUGGCAGAUCGCGCCUCGCGCGGCUGGGACAACAACAUGGUGUAUCCGGCCGCUGAAUUGGCUCUGUCCGUGCUGCCGCAUGCCGCUGCACUCAAUCCCAACGAGAUACAGCGCGCCAUCUUGCAGUGCAAGGAGCAGAGUGAUUUUAUGUUGGAGCGCGCCUGUCUCACAGUCGAAACGGCCGCCAAGGGCGGCGGCGUUUAUCCCGAGGUGCUCUUCCAGGUGGCGCGCUACUGGUACGAGCUCUACACACGCAACUCGCCCAACAACAGCGCCGCGGAUCACGAACAGCAUGAGGAGCAGCUGGAGCAUUCGGCGGUUAAUCUCAGUGUGCUCAUUGAGUCCCAGCAGCAGCACGAAAUGCAGCAACAGCAGCAGCAGCAGCAACAGCUUCAGCAACAGCAGCAGCAGCAGCAACAACAGCAGCAACAGCAACAGCAGCAGCAGCAACAGCAGCAGCAACAGCAGCAGCAGCAGCAACAGCAGCUAAUGAGCGCCGCUGCUGGCGGUGCAGGUCCAUUGGCGGGUCCACCUGUAGUUAGCUCGGCACCGCAACAAUUCCAGCCAGGUGUGGCGACCUUGGCGCCCAUUAACCUGGCGCCAUAUGGACCGUACACCUUCUGCCAGAGCAUCUAUGCGCAUCAUAAUCUCAGCUAUCCUCCUGGCCAAAUGCAGAUGUACAUUUCGGCAGGGCCGCCGCCACCGCCGCAGCCGCUGUAUGCGGGCUAUUCGCAGCAGCAGCCACCGCCACCGCAGGGCUCGCAGCAGCAGCAGCAUGUGCAGCAGCAGCAACAGCAGCAGCAGCAACAGUCGCUGGUGCCGCCGACAGCUGUGGUGCACGCAGCGCCGCCAGGUCAUCAGCCACCUCCAGCGUUCCAGGCGCCACCACCGGGCGCUUUUCAGCCGAUGCCGCCGCAGUCAUACCAAGCACUGCAAGCGGGUCCGCCCGGACCACCCAUGGGUCCAAUGGCGCCCACCUAUUAUGGACCACCGCCGCCGCCGCCGCCGAAUGGACCGCCCGGCGGCGGUGUCGGCGUACCCUUGCGCCAGCAUCCUGCCCAACAUCCAGCACAGCAUCCAGCGCAACAUCCCGUGUAUCCAUUCAUGCAGCAGCAGCCGCCACCGCCGCCGCAACAUCAACAGCAGCCGCCGCCGACCCAGCCACCAGUGCGUCAGCGGCAACAGCAUCAGUUCACAUCCACUCAGCUGCGCUAUUUGCUGGCUGCCUACAACGUUGGCAUGUUGGCCAUGGAGACGCUGGCGCGCCGCGUCCACGACGAUCGGCCGCAAGCGAAGUAUGCCAGAAAUCCGCCCUACGGCGAGGACGUGAAAUGGGUGUUGCGCAUCAGCAAGAAGCUGGGCACCCAGUAUCUGCAUCAGUUCUGCGUCUGUGCGGUCAACUCGAUUGUGAGUCCCUUUGUGCUGCACGAUGUGGCCAUCGAGUCGGCUCAUUAUCUGGGCAGGAAUAAUCAUCAGCUGGUCAUGCAGCAUCUGCGCUCGGCCCUCACGCCCCUUGUGCAGAAGUGUCAGCAAAUGUACAUUCAGUGCAUACACCAGAAGCUGUAUCAUCUAACGCAAGGCGACUAUGAGGAGUUCGCCAGCAUUGUGGUUGCCGCACGUGCAGCCUUUCACAUUACGCCCGAGGGCAAUGCACAGUUCAAGGAUUGGCUGCAGUCGAUUAAGCGCUCGAAGUCGUGCAAGAAGGAGCUGUGGACACAGAUUAAUGCGGCGCUACAAAGCAAUUCCAAAUGACAAAGACUUGACUCCU